GCCAGCACGGGCAGAGCGGGUUGCUGUGCUCCAGGGAAACAUUUACUGAUUGAUUUGGUCCCCCUGGAUGUCCUCUGACUGUCAUUGCUGCCUGUUACUUGUUUUUUCCCCACUGUUUGGCGGGGAUCUCUGCCCUUCCUCUGCUGGUUUCCUGAUCACUGGUCUGCUCUGGCCCGCAGCGCGCUGGCUGCCGGGGAGCGGCACUGCCGCCGUCCUGCUGUGUCCCCAGCUCCCCCCGGGCUGGGGGUGCCUGUGGGCAGGGGUGCAGCCCCGCUGCUGCUCUGCCUCCCGGAAAGCUCAGGCAGAUGGGCAGUUGCAUCACUGUCGGAGCUUGCGCAAUCUCUGCAGCCCGAAAGCCAAAAAUUGACCUGAUUUUUCCAUGAAAGUAGGUUUCUAUUGAUUGUGUGUGCUGCCGGGCUACACCACGUAGUGUGCUUGGUGUGGAGGAGCACGGCGGGGGUUUCCCCCUGGCCCCAGUGAGCAGUUUGGCCCCUGUGCCCACAGUGUGGGCUCCGGGGAAUGCCACGGGACAGGGCCUGGCAGGGCAGGCCUCGCGGAGAGCUGCUGGCUGGUGGUAGCUCCGCGCUGAUGCCUCCGAGCCGUGGCCCCCGGGUCACUUAAAUGCCCAAGAGGAGGGUUCGUGGUCCUGGCAGACGCGGCUGCGGUAGCUGCUUCGUCCCCUUGCUGCCCCAUCGGCAGCGGCCGAGGAGAGGGAGAGGGAUGCCGAGCGGCGCCGUAAGGUGUGGGGGGAGCAGCAGCCGUUCGGGUCCAGCCUGGCUGCCCUGUCAGCCCCCGGUGCUGGGGCGCUGCUGCGCAGGCAGAUCCCGUUCACGUCUGUGGCUUCAUACCACAGCUGGGUGCUCCCCGGUGAGAGGCGUUGUCUUUGGCAGGGGUGCGGGGUCAGGGUGCGGGUCCAAAGCCAGUAGUUUAUGUAAGAGAGAGGUGCUUCCUGCCUGCCUGCCCUGCGGCACCGAGAUAAGCCCCGUGGUGACAAGGGCCCUUUGUCAGCUCCUCUCCCCAGCGUGACAUGUCACAGGGGCCAGGUGCGAUGGCUUGUUACCUGCCUGGGCACGGCCGCCAGCACCCAACUGCAGCACCUGACGAUGCGGCAUGCGGGCGGGUGCUGGGGGAGGCUGCCCGCCUACCAGGGCCGGGGUGGGGGCUCAGGACCUGCCCCCAGUGCGUGUGUCCCCCUGUAAAACUCUGCGGGACGCUCCCGGCUCAGCUGCACGUCCAGGGGCCGGCCUGGGCUCGCUGGCCCCCGGGGACGGCUGCCGACCGGGCUGUGGUGGUGUGGGGUGAGUGCUGCGUGUCCAUGGGGCGCCGGGACACCCCGGGACCGUGACCCCAGAGGGUGGACCUGGGGGUACCGCAGCCCCCGGGGCGGUGGUGCCAGUGGCAGCUCUUGGGGUCGGCCCGGCCCGAGUCGCUGCCCCCGGGGCGACGCUGCGGCCGGGGGUCUGCCCUGCAAAACUAACCCAGUUUUUUAACAGAGAAACCUGCCCUGUGCCAGAUUUUCUGGGCUGUUCUCAGCAUCUCAGUUACCAAGGAGCUGUAGGACUCGCUCCUACCCAGGGCUGCCCAGACCCCUUCUGAGGUGCAGAGGAUUCAGAUCGUGCUGCUGCCCCGGACGGUCUGUCCCCGCUGCCGCCCGACAGCCCGGCUGUUGCGGGCUUGUCCCCAUGCGGGCUUGGGCUGAGCGGGGGCCAGCGGGGCAGAGGGGCCGGCGCGCCCCGGGGUGCUGACACAGGGAGGCCGCUGGACCCGCCGCUCCCGGGACCCUCCUGCUCCCCAGCUAGAGGAACCCCGAUACUCUGAUGGAUCUGAGGUCCUGCUCGCUGCUCCUGCUCUGGACUCUGGUGGUUGCCCUCGCUCUCCUGGCCCGGGAGGUGCUGGCCCAGCGUAUUUACACCAACACCUGGGCUGUGUUCGUCCCCGCGGGACCCCAGGAGGCUGACAGGCUGGCCAGGAAGCAUGGAUUCCUCAACCUGGGCCCGAUCUUUGGUGACUAUUACCACUUUCGGCACAGCGGCGUGGUGAAGCGUUCCCUCUCACCCCACCAACCCUGGCACAGCCGUUUGGCCAGGGAACCACAGGUGCAGUGGCUGGAGCAGCAGGUGGCAAAGCGCAGGACCAAGCGGGACGUUUUCAUGGAGCCCACGGACCCCAAGUUCCCGCAGCAGUGGUACCUGUACAACACGAACCAGCGGGACCUGAAUGUGCGUCAGGCCUGGGAGCAAGGCUACACGGGCAAGGGCAUCGUGGUUUCCAUCCUGGAUGACGGCAUCGAGAAGAACCACCCUGACUUGGAGGGCAACUAUGAUCCAGGGGCGAGCUUUGAUGUCAACGACCAGGACCCAGACCCGCAGCCCCGCUACACGCAGAUGAACGACAACAGACACGGCACACGCUGCGCCGGGGAGGUUGCUGCCGUGGCAAACAACGGGAUCUGCGGUGUCGGCGUGGCUUACAACGCCAGGAUCGGAGGCGUGCGCAUGCUGGAUGGGGAGGUGACUGAUGCUGUGGAGGCCCAUUCCCUGGGUCUCAAUCCCAACCACAUCCACAUCUACAGUGCCAGCUGGGGCCCCGAGGACGACGGCAAGACAGUGGAUGGCCCGGCCCGGCUGGCGGAGGAGGCUUUCUUCCGAGGGGUCAGCCAGGGCCGAGGGGGGCUGGGCUCCAUCUUCGUCUGGGCGUCCGGGAACGGGGGCCGCGAGCACGACAGCUGCAACUGUGACGGUUACACCAACAGCAUCUACACGCUGUCCAUCAGCAGCACCACGCAGUACGGCAACGUGCCCUGGUACAGCGAGGCCUGCUCCUCCACCCUCGCCACCACCUACAGCAGCGGCAACCAGAACGAGAAGCAGAUCGUGACGACCGACCUCAGACAGAAAUGCACCGAAUCGCACACGGGGACGUCGGCCUCGGCGCCUCUGGCUGCUGGCAUCAUUGCCCUCGCCCUGGAAGCCAACAAGAACCUGACCUGGCGGGACAUGCAGCACCUGGUAGUGCAGACGUCGAAGCCGGCUCACCUCAACGCCAACGACUGGGUCACCAACGGUGUCGGCCGCAAAGUCAGCCACUCGUAUGGCUAUGGGCUGCUGGAUGCGGGGGCCAUGGUGAGCCUGGCCAAGAACUGGACCACGGUGGGACCUCAGAGGAAGUGCGUCAUCGACGUCCUCGCGGAGCCGAAGGACAUCGGGAAGCGCCUGGAGGUGCGGCGGAAGGUGGACGCCUGCCUGGGGAAAGCCAACUACAUCAGCCGGCUGGAGCACGCGCAGGCCAGGCUGACGUUGUCCUACAACCGGCGGGGGGACUUGGCCAUCCACCUCGUCAGCCCCAUGGGCACCCGCUCCACCCUCCUGGCUGCCAGGCCCCACGACUUCUCGGCUGACGGCUUCAAUGACUGGGCCUUCAUGACGACGCACUCGUGGGACGAGGAUCCCUCCGGGGAAUGGGUGCUGGAGAUCGAGAACACCAGCGACGCCAACAACUACGGCACACUGACCAAGUUCACCCUCGUGCUGUACGGGACGGCCACCGACUCCCCCAGCCUCUCCAACCAGCUGGAGAGCAGCGGCUGCAAGACCCUGACCCCCAGCCAGACCUGCGUGGUCUGCGAGGAGGGCUACUACCUGCACCAGAAGAGCUGCCUGAAGCGCUGCCCCCCCGGCUUCGCGCCCGGCGUCCAGAGCACGCACUACACCCUGGAGAACAGCGUGGAGCCCGUCGCGCCCCACCUCUGCCUGCCCUGCCACCCAUCCUGUGCCACCUGCGCGGGGCCCGGCCCCAACCAGUGCCUGACCUGCCCCGCGCACUCCCACUUCAGCAGCCUGGACCUCUCCUGCUCCCACCAGACGCAGAGCAGCCGUGCGUCCCCCGCCCUGGCAGAAGGCGAGGGGCUGGCUGAGGCCCCCCCUCCGGCCAACCUGCCCGUCCUCAUCGCCAGCCUCAGCUGCGUCCUCAUCGUCGUCAUCUUCGUCACCAUCUUCCUGGUGCUGCAGGCGCGCUCAGGCUUCAGCCUGCGGGGCGUGAAAGUCUACGCCCUGGACAGCGGGAUCAUCUCCUACAAGGGGCUCCCCUCCGACAUCUGGCAGGAGGAGGGCCCCUCGGAGUCGGACGGUGAGGAGUCCGAGGCUCACAGUGAGAGGACUGCCUUCAUCAGAGACCAAAGUGCCCUUUGAUGAGCCCUCCCGCCCCUCCCUCCUCCCUGCCCAGCACGGCGGGGCCGGGGCAGGCGAGGCUGAGGGGCCCCGGACUCUGCCCCCGUCCCCCCUCCCACACCACAGCAGCCCGGGGCUCCCCAUCCGCCGGCACCGUCCCUCGGCCCUGGCCCGGGCUGCCGGGCACGGCCCUGCCGGCACCGUCCUCAGCUCGGCACCGUCCCACUCUGGCACCAUCUCUCUUGGCCCCACGUCCAUUCUGUACCCCACGCCGGGGUAUUGGAUGGCAGCGGGGGCCCUUGGCUCUCACUGGCCCUGCCCCAGCAGCCGUGGCCCCUGCCCCAGCCCCGUGGCUGCUGCUGGGGGGGGGUCACGCGUGUCCCCCAGGGUGGGUGGUGGCGGGGGGGGGGUCACUGGCUUGUCACUGCUCAGGCUGGGCUGGCUGGGGCAGGGGCAGGGGUGGCUCUGCCUGGAGCCCAGACGUGCUCUGCCCGUGGCACAGCGUCCCCCUGCCCCGCCGGGCUCCGCCGCGUCCCGGCCCCCCACCACCCCCCAAGGGCCUGCCCGCCUCCACCCGUGCCCUUCGACAGCAAUAAUGGCCAGGCCUCAGCCCCUGCCGCCUGCUUGCCCGCUGCCUGCCCACCCCACUGCGGCUGCCUGCAGCGUGGACCCGACCCCCCCCCGCACCCGAGGGUGUGGGGCAGCUCAGCGCCCCCCCCGGCGUGGGCAGGGACCCCUCCCCUCACACAGACCCCGCUCUGUGGGGCGGCCCCCUCGCCUCGUGCCCCCUGGCAGGGCCGUGGGUGCUGCUGGCCGGGGCGGGGGGCAGCGCCGGUGCCUGCGCUCUGCCUGCACCCUGCCCGUGCUGGGCAGAGCCCGGCGCCCCGAUCCCCUGCCCCCCGACGUGCCUUGCCCCCACUUGGUGACAAUCCGUUCCGCUCCCUCCCGGCACCACCCGCCCUCGCUGCCCCUUCCCCACGGGCUGGGGGCCGGUGCCGUGAGCCCCCUCGCCGUCCGCUGCCGCACACCGGGGCCGUGGCACGGGCUCCCACCCGCCCUGUGCCAGCGCCAGCCCCGGCCUGCCACGGACGGAGCCGCCGGCUGGGGGCCACAGGACUAUUUUUCUAUAAUAACUUUUUGGUGCACAGUAAUUUUUUCUUGUAAUUUAAUCAGCCGGGAGCUGCCUCCUGAGCCUGUUUUUAAUUUAAUGGAUGUGGAUAUAACGCUAGAGAGACUGAGUUAUUAAAUGUUCAGAACUAUGCAAACCA